AUGAGCACCCAUUCGAACGAAGACCCAGCCACCUUGGAGGAACACAGCCGCCAUGGAUACUCCUUCCUGCCCUCUCAAUUGGCUUACAUGCGCGAGAAGUUAGGGGAUUACGAUAACGUUCAGGGGAAAGCCAGGAGACGAUUCCUUCGGUCACUGACGGACCAUCUCUGCAAAGAGAUUGCCAAUCAGAAUGGAGGUGAGGAGGUCUCCGGGGACAAACGGGCUGCCAUUGGCAAGGGGCUGCGCAGCUGGUUCCGGACCAAUGGAACAAGGAAAAAACGGGAGAAGAAAACCUACGGCACUAACUGGUACACCCGACUCGCCUACAUGAAGGUCCAUUCGCGGAAGGUGAAUGCCCUGGCGGAGCAGAUCGUCAAGGGCGGAGUCGACUUAGACAAAUUCUUGGAGGAAUACCGCUCUGAUGAGGAAGAGAAAGUUGUGGAAGAAGGAGCGAAGUCGGGGAGGGAUCCUAAAACGAAGGGAAAGAAGGGUGAGGAAAGCAACUGGUUUUUUAACCAUUACCAGCAGGCGGGGACAUAUCUUAUGAGCAAGCUGUCGGAGAAGGAGCUGGAAAAGUACGAACGGCUGGCGGAGAAGUGGAACUCGGAAGGUCCUCCCCCCGAUAUCCAGGCAAAAAUGGGUGACAAGCACGCCGCUAAGAAAGGCUAUGAAUUCUUGAAGGCGGUGAAGAAGGACUAUGACUGUGUUGGCUAUCUUCUCCUUGGUUGGAGAGGGGCUGACGGAAUUCCUGUAGCUGUGGAACUCGACAUCAACCAAGAGCUGGGACGACCAGAGAACUUCGGGGACCAAAAUGAGAAGUUACUCAAUACCUGCUUCAAGCAGUUCCGCAGCUAUGUGUUUGAGAUGUUCGAACAUAGCGGACAGCAGGAUGGGGAGAAGGAAUCCGGACGCGUUCGAGGGCAAAGGAAGGACUUGAUGCCCAUGGUCAGGAACAGCUUUGGGGAACCUUUCCUGCCUGUCGUGAUUAGACGGUCACACUAA